AUGAGGCUUCUUGGAACCACCUUAGUUUUUCUGUUAGCUGUAGCGACUUGCAAACCUGAAGAGAUUACUUGCGAAGAGGAUCAUCCAUUCACAUGUAACCAAACUGAUCGUUUCAACAGAAGCCAUUUCGAUAAAGACUUCAUCUUCGGAACAGCAUCUUCUGCUUACCAGGCAUGUAACAAAUCGCACAUUGAUUUUGACAUCGAAGGUACCACAGGUCGCGGUCUAAACGUUUGGGAUGGCUGGACUCACCGUUUUCCAGAGAAAGGAGGAUCCGAUUUGGGAAAUGGAGACACUACUAUUCGAUCAUAUGAGUAUUGGCAGAAAGAUAUAGACAUGAUGACCGAGCUCGGGGCUGAUGCCUACAGAUUCUCCAUUGCGUGGUCAAGAAUCAUUCCAAGAGGAAAGGUGAGUAGGGGAUUGAACCAAGACGGUAUUACCUAUUACAACAAUAUCAUAAAUGGCCUCAUCGAACGGAAGAAAAUUCCUUUUGUUACCCUCUUCCACUGGGACCUUCCUCAAACACUGCAAGACGAGUAUGAAGGUUUCUUGGACCGCAGGAUCAUGGUAAAGAACUGGAUCACGAUCAACCAGCUCUACACAGUUCCUACGAGAGGAUAUGCCAUGGGAGAUGAUGCACCCGGUCGGUGUUCUUAUUGGCUUAACAAAAGUUGUUAUGCGGGAGAUUCUGGAACUGAACCUUACAUCGUUGCACAUAACCAGCUUCUUGCUCAUGCCACGGUCGUCGAGCUUUACAGGAAGAAAUAUAAGACUGACCAAGGAGGACAGAUUGGACCUGUGAUGAUAACUAGAUGGUUUCUUCCAUAUAAUCUCACCGAUCAAGCUAGCUUAGAUGCAACUUAUAGGAUCAAAGAGUUCUUCUUCGGAUGGUUCAUGGAGCCGUUAACAAACGGUAAAUACCCAGACAUCAUGAGGAAACUUGUUGGUGAUCGGCUUCCAGAGUUCAGUGAAACAGAAUCCUUACUUGUAAAGGGUUCAUUUGACUUUCUUGGUCUCAACUAUUACUUCACUCAGUACGUCUAUGCCAUUGAUCCGAAUCCUCUGAACAGACUCAGCGUCGUGAAUGACUCACUCUCAGCAGUCUCAUUUGUUAAUGCAAGUGGUCAUAUCAUUGGUCCAUUGCUGAAUGGAAAAAUUUAUUACUACCCAAGAGGCAUUAUGAAUGUAAUGGAGUAUUUCAAAGAAAAAUACGACAACCCUUUGAUCUAUGUAACCGAGAACGGAUAUAGUAGCGCUGGUGACGUAUCCUUUGAGCAGGGUUUUGCCGAUUACAACCGGACUAGUUAUAUCUGUAGUCAUCUCUGUUUUCUCCGCAAGGCCAUCAAGGAGUUGAAGGUCAACGUGAAAGGAUACUUUGUAUGGGCUCUUGCAGAUAAUUAUGAAUUCGGCAACGGCUUUACCGUCAGAUUCGGACUCAGUUACAUUAAUUUCACCGAUCCCAAUCUUGAUAGAAAGAUCAAAUCAUCAGGCAUAUGGUACAAUAAGUUCUUGAACGUUACUACUAAGGACUCGGAUGAGAACGCUAUGCAUAGCUCAUCGCUCUCAUUUAGGAACCGUGAUCGGAAGAAGCUUGCAGAUGCAUGA